GAAAAAAGUGGUGUGAGAGAGAGAAAGAGAGAAGCAAAGGUCAAAGAGAAGCAGUUGAGUAAUUGUAACACCGUGGAUAGUACCCAUUAUAUUGGCAAUUGCAUAGGUGUAAUCAUUUCGUGGAAGGUCAGUGCAAACAAGAUCAGAAGCCUCCUCGUGAUUUUUUAUCUGAGAAAAAGUGUGUUGAGUUUUCUGCUUUUUGGGGAUUUCAGUUUUGAGUUCGUAGUAGUUUCUGUUUCCUUUAUUUAUUUUUUAGUUUAUUUGAUUGCUCCUUGGCAACUUAAAGGUACAGCAACCACCGUAUAUAUCAGGUAUUAUCAGUGUAUGUGUGUGUGACUCCUAAGGAAUUUGCAGAGCUCUUACACAUGUCUUCUUCGUCUUUUCAUUUUCUCUCGUGAUAUUCCUCCUCUCUCUCUCUCUUUUGCCCCCUCUGCUUUCUGUUUGCGUGGGGAGCAAAAAGCUCAUUCUUUUCUCUCUCUCUCUCUGAUAUAUAACACUGAGAGAGAGGUCCAAAGAAACUACACUUCUUGUUGUGGGCAAGGAAGAAACACAAGAAAGUGAACCUCUUUUUUACUCGACCAAGGUUUUACAUAAGAUCAAACUCAACAUGGGUAGUUGUGGAAGAGAAGGAGCUGUGAGACAAUAUAUAAGGUCAAAGGUUCCUCGUUUAAGGUGGACUCCCGAGCUGCACCGUUGCUUUGUUCACGCCAUUGAUAGCCUUGGAGGCCAUCAAAAGGCUACUCCUAAGCUCGUUCUUCAGCUCAUGGAUGUUAAAGGGCUCACAAUUUCACACGUCAAGAGUCAUCUCCAGAUGUACAGAAGCAUGAGGGGCGACUUGGGGAGACAAGGUAGGACACACUCCCAACAUAGGAACCAAUCUUUUGAGGAGCACGAUGAUGGGUGUGUUGAUGAAGUGAAUGAUGUUUGCGUUGAGUACUCAUGUUCGAAACCCAUGGGAAUAGAAUCUGAUUCCUUCUUCGGCCACGGCAAUCUCCCUCCAAAAAGAGCAAGAAUCGAGACGAGGAGUUCCAUCUCAGAGAGUCUGCAAUGCAGCCAAAGAUUAUGUGAUGCAGUUCCAAAUCCGUACUGUUUUUAUGAUUAUCUGCAGAAGCCCAUGGCUGAGCACAAGGGAAUAAAGGAGUUCUGUAAGGCUUCAACAUGGCAGACACAAACCCAUUCCUCUCUGUUACCACAUUUUCCCAACCUCACUUCAUUCCAAUGUCCUAUCCAACAACAAUCAGAUUUUCUCCAGGUGACAACAUUAAAUGAAGGAAAGAGGAGUGGAAAAGGAAUUAAUGUAGAUGUGAAGACUGAGACAGGUGAGGCAGAAGUUGAGGAUGUAGGAGCGUAUGAAUUGUCAUUGUCGCUUACAUUGCAAAAUCCUUCACCUCAGAGAAGUAAUGGUUCAUGUUCAGGCAGUGAGAUCAGUGAGACAAUCUCAUCAUACCCUGCUGCAGGGUUUAGCAACUACAAGGACUGCACUACUUCUUCAUCCAAUCUGAAAGAAACAAUUAAUUUGGACCUUUCUUUAGCCCUAUGUGGCAAUUGAUUUCUUCCACUAUUGUAAAAUCAAUCUAUUAUAGGCAUAAUCUACUCUACUUUUUUUUUUU